AUCGUACUUUACUACUUAAGGCAGUACGUGAAUGAAACAAUCAGCAAAUGUCUUGCUAGUUGAUGGCACAACGAAAAUACAACGCGUUGAAGCCGUCAUCUGCCAUCGCAAAUGGCGUGAAAGGUAGUUUCAUCGCCGAAUAUUGGAAGGCGGGAGCUGUACGGUCCAGGCGAUUACAAUGUGGUGAGAAAGCUAAUUCUGAGAUUGCGUCGAAAGAGGAUAGCUUCACAAUUUCGCGGCUAACAACACACCUUGUAAAUCAAUGGUAAAAUUUGUUCCUUACCUCGGUGUCAGCCAGUGGUCC